UGGUGCUUUGGUGGCGCUAGUUGUUGUACGAAUUGCCCUCUAUCCAUCCACAAAUGAGGAAGUGUGUCAACAAGGGAACAGCUGUCGCGGUAAAUCACAGCUUGUAGUAGUGGACGUAUUUCACAGAGCCAAGCACCGAAGGGGAACAGCUUGACAAAGUUGUUCCCUAUUUGGUUGAAAACCUCGUAUGCGUGCUCCGCACCACUUCAUCCCGUGCCCCAAAACGGCCCAUUACCUAAAUUGCUUGUGUGUAUUUCCGUGUAACGGGGUAUGUGAGGACCUUUUUGAGAAGUCUCUCAUGUUGCUCCCACCAUGGAUGCUACAUGCUGUGUGACAAAACUACCAGUUAUGCUGUAACCAAUGUGCUAAUCCUCGACAUUAACCAGAAUGAAACAUAGGAAUGCAGCAAAUACUCCAGAAGCUGUCACCCUGUCUGCAAAUGAGAGAAUUAUCAGAGACUGCCAUAGCCUCUAUGUGGAUCCAGAAAAAGGCCUCUCCGUUAUCGCAGAGAACCUGGGCCUGCAACUGCUGCCUCCGCGCAAGAAAAUUGUGGUGCUCCUGAUUGGAAACCAUUCUGCUGGAAAGAGCUCCUUCAUCAACUGGUACAUUGAAGAACACGUCCAAAAGACAGGAGUUGCGAUCGAAACUCAGGGUUUCACUCUCGUUACAAGCGGCAAAAAACGGGAAUCACUCACAGGAAAUGCAACGCUUCAUUUGUUUCCACAUUUCAAACCCCUGCAGAGGAUCAAGGGGGUGGUGGACUUCCUCACAACUGAAAUCUCAACAUCAAGGCAAAAAAGGUUUGGCUUGGUCACGUUCAUCGACACUCCCGGUCUUGUGGAUGGUGACAUGAAAUAUCCUUUCGAAGUCAACGAUGCUAUAUUGUGGCUGGGGAAGAUGGCAGACAUUGUGCUCGUGUUCUUCGAUCCAAUCGGGCAAGCACUGUGCAAGCGCACGUUGAAUUUGGUGGAAGCGCUGAGCAACCAGAAUGCGGACAAGAUGAAGUUCUACCUCAGCAAGGCAGACGAAGCUGGACACGAAGCAGAUCGUCAGAAAGUGAUGAUGCAGAUCGUCCAAGAACUGUGCAAGAGACCGGGGCUGAACCGCUGUGGAUUUGACAUGCCAGCUAUCUAUAUUCCAAACCCUAACAAGACAGUGCGCUGCAUCAAUCAAAUCGAGGAAGUCUCCAAACAUAUUGAGAAGAUAAUUGACCACAAUGUGCAGAACACGCUCAAUGUUCUAGAACGUGACUGUGAGCAGCUAGGAAGAGUGGUCGCCGAAAGAAUUGAGCAAGACAACACAGCAAAAUCCGAGAACUUCACAGUGGGUUGGCAAAGGAUAGGACUGUGUCUUAUUUUCAUCAGCAUCCCAUUCCUCCUCCUCCUGAACCGAAUCAUUCGCGGACCUUCGAAACGUCUUUUGGAAACAUUUGUUGGUAGUACUGCUACAGAAUUCCUUGCCUUCUUUAUGCAUCCAAUUGAUGUCCUGUCCAACGUUCUUCCUGAGCCUUAUGGGCUGUUAGCUGCAACUGCAAUGACAGCGGCAGCCAUUGCCUUUCUUGUAACAGCUAGGUGGCAUUCAAGGUUUAAUCCCACAUUGACAAGAAAGCAGAAGAGGUCCCUGGAAGACACGCUAAACUACAUUGAGAACAUUGUCAAACCAAAAAAGCAACAACUUUACCAGGAGUAUUUGAAGCAGAGUGUAGCCGACUACGAUUUUUGACCUUGAGUAUUCUGCUAGAAAAUGAAGUUUUACAAGUAUGGAAACCUCAAAAGCUGCAUGCCUUGGCAGCAGAGUAAGGAAUUUGGCAUUUUAAUAAAAUUUAAUAAAGUACUAAGUACAAUAAAUAA